UUGAAAUCAGAAAGUAAAUUAAGUUUCUUUUGGGAAAACAUGGUGCGACCAAAUUUAAUUUUGUUGACCAAACGUGUGCCCCUUAUACAAUUUCGUAAGGGCGGCUUGGCAGCUGCCAGCAAUAAGCCGAGCCCAAGUCAGCAGAUAACGGGUGAACCGGCUAUUGAGGAUUGGCAGCUGCCUGCACGCUUUGCACGGAAGCCAAUAGACCCACUGGAAGCUGAAUAUAUUAACAAUGGCGGGAUACCUAAUUAAUAUCCUGUAAAUCAAAAAUAUAAAAUAACAUAUAUCGCUGUAACUUCUGCACUGGAAAUAAAUUAUUAACAAGUUUAUGUAUCGAAA